GAGCAAGGUCCUGGAUAUCAUGGAGGAAAGAACUUGAUAUUGUAGCUAACUUGGCCUAUUUCAGCAUCACAACUUUAUCAGGGUUGCAGACCUUAGGUGAAGAAUAUGUGAAUAUCGUCCAAGUCAAGAGCACAGCUCGUAAGGUGCCAUCCAUAAAUCAAAGAGUUGUGUUAGUGCUUUUGCACGCACUGGGUCCGUAUGUUACUGACAAAGUGUUGGCAUUGCUGGAAAGAAGAAUCCAGUCUGAAUGGGCAUCAUCUUAUUUAUCAGCUACAACCCGAAAAGUGUUGGAACAAUAUUUACCUGUACUUCGCUACCUCAUAAAAUACAUUCUUAGGGCACAUUUAGCAUUGUUUUAUCUACAAGGGACAUUUUACCACAUAGCGAAAAGGUUUACAGGUAUUAAGUAUGUUCUGAUCCGUCCAGGUCUUGGGUCCGAAUCACUAAAGCCAAGCUUUGUAUUCUUGGGAUACCUAGCCCUCGGCCAGCUGAUGCUUAGCAUUUUAAUGCAUGGCACAAGCAUUUGGAGGCAGCCAACCCCUUCAGAUGAUGCAGAGACCAAUAAACACACUAUAAGUGAAAGUAGCAGUGAUGCUAUCAGUAAAACGUCUCGCUGCUCACUUUGUCUGGAAGAGCGCCAACAUUCUACAGCAACGCCUUGUGGCCACCUAUUCUGCUGGAAGUGUAUUAUGGAGUGGUGUUCAACUAAGCCUGAGUGUCCUUUAUGCAGAGAUGAAGUUCAACAACAAAAUCUGGUUGCUUUAAAGAAUUAUUGCUGAGCUUACGAACGUAUGAUUGGUUAAAGACACAGUUUAAAUAUAUAUUUGAUUGGUUAAGGCUACACAAUUUGUAAAAUCUGAUUGGUUGAAGCUGCAUAACACUGCUUGGUAAAAUCUAAUUGGUUUAUCCUACUGUACAUGACACAUCUUUUGGAACUCUGAUUUGUCUAAGCUAGCAGGCACAACUUUAAUAUAAUUGGGUAAAUGGUAAGCAUAUUGGAUAUGUAAAAAUUAAUAUGUAUAGUUUUUGAGAUUGGUGUAUUGAAGAAAGCAACAUCCAUUUUGAAUAAAUAAGCAAAUUUAGAAAAUA